CACCCAGCUGCAGAGCAGGCAGCACGCUUUUUUGUGGAACAAAGUCGGUCACAUAGGCUUGGGAGGGUGGUUUCCCCUGAUGGAUCCUGGAUGCUCUGAAGAAUGCUUGACGGACAGCAUGUUAUCUGAGUAUGAACUUUACCACAGUAGAAUGCAUUUGUGAAUAUUUUGCAAUGGACACAUAACAAGAGGAUGCAUCAGACAUCAGUGCAUGAACGGGAUUUUCUCCACCGACUCAUCACCCUGCAAGUAUCAGUCCAUGUCUGAGUAAGGCCACUUCUAGUUUCCUAUGUCAGGUGCUUGACCACCAGAGACAUGUCCAAUGACAGCUGCAACCUCCCGUUGGACACGGACACGUUUGGUCUGACCUGUAUCUAUGGCGUGAUCUUUUCUCUGGGUCUCCCCAGUAACCUGUUGUCCCUCUGGGGACUAUACCACAUGGGACGCUCUGGCGGAGGAGGCUGCCAGCUGGUCUACAUCCUCAACCUGCUGCUGUCAGACCUCCUCCAGCUACUCACCCUGCCAUUGUGGAUCCUGUAUCUCCAAGGUGGGCACCGCUGGCCCUAUGGGCCACUAGCCUGCGAGCUGGUGGGCUACGUGUUUUACGUAAACGUCUACGCCAGUGUCAUGUUCCUGUGCCUGAUAGCGCUGGACCGCUGCCUGGCCAUUGUGUACCCGUUGAGCAGUCGCAGGGUGCGAACUGUCAGGGUGGCAGCGGUGUCUGGUGUGGUGGUUUGGACCCUCACCUUCCUGUUCUGCCUGAGCGGGCUGCUGCCGUCAGUGUUUGACGCUGACAGACUGCUGUGUUUGGAGCAGUACCCCGUCAGCCCCAGAUACGCCCACUUUAAGAUCACCACCGUGGCCCUGGGCUUCCUGCUGCCAUGUGCCAUACUCGGAUACACCUCAGCCCACAUUGGGGUAACACUCCGCCGCUCCCCUUCCCUCUCUGACCACGAGAGGCACAAAAUCGUGGGCAUCCUAGUUGUGAUCACUGUCAACUUCAUUGUCGUGUUUGGACCCUAUCACCUCGUGGGUGGAUACAGAUUUGUGUCCUUGCUGCUGACUGAUGAGCCGUGUGAAUUUGAGCAUUCCAUUUUCCUCAUCUAUCGCCUGUGCUAUGGUCUAACCAGCCUCAACACACUGCUGGACCCACUUUUCUACAUCUUUCUGUGCCCUGACGCUCGGCUGGAGCUGCAAAGAUCCCUGCCCUGUUUGGGAAGGGGGCAGAACACCUGCAAAAAGAUGACUCUCAAUACCAGAGCUCGACCGGACAACCAGAGGGAGAGUGAAACUGGACACAAUAAUCUCCUGGCAGUAUAACUUUGGCCACAGAGUUGGUGUUUGAUCAGAGCAAUUGUGCCACCUAGUGGAAAUGCAGAAUGUUUCAACUCUUAAUGAAAACAACCCAAAAUCCCAAAAAGUUAGCACGCCGUGUGAAACAUAAAUAAAAGCAGAUUGCAAUGAUUCCAAAAUCAAUUUUGACCUUAAUUUAAUUGAAUACAAUUCAAAUGCAAAAUUUCUGAUGUUCCAAGUGAAACUGGAAUAGAAUGGUGUUUAGUUAGUGCCCAUGGUAUCAUGGGUAACUUGCACAUCUGUGAGAGCACCAUGAAUGCUGAAAGGUACAUACAGGUUUUAGAGCAACAUAUGGUGCCAUCCAGAUGACAUUUUUUUAAAGGAAGGUACUAAACUGGCCUGCCUACAGUCCUUUUUGUGUGGCACAUUAUGGAGGGCAGAAUACAACAAUGGGGACCCCAAACUGUUGAGCCACUAAAGUUGAAUAUAAGGUAAAAAUGAGAAAAAUUUUUCCUUUAACACCUUCAUCAUAGUGUUCUUGGUUCCCAAACACUUUGAGUGUUCUUAAAAGAGGAAAUUUUGAAAAUCAGUGGUAAACAUGCCCCUGUGCCAACUUUUUUGGAACAUGUUAAAAGCAUCAAAUUCAGAAUAAUAUAUUUUUACAAAAAACAAUGAAGUCUGUAAUUUUGAAUUUCAAAUAUCUUGCCUUUGUACUGUAUUAAACUGAAUAUAUGUCGAAAAGCAUUUUCAAAUCAUUGCAUUCUCUUUUUAUUCAUGUUUUACAUGGCAUCGCAACUUUUUUGGAAUGGUGAUUGUACAUUUAUUUGCCUACUUUAGUUCAGUUUGAUCAUCAUCUAAUUACUGUUUCAGGGCAGGACAGAAAAAGAAACAUUUGUGUGCAGCACACUGACCUCAGAGUGCAAAGACUUCAACUGUUUUUUAUAUAAAGUCAACACUAUAUAAUGGAGUAGAAAUAUGAAAAAACAUUGUGAACAUAUUACAGUCAAACUUUCUUUUACC